AAGAAAAGAAAAAAUUAAUUAAAUUAAAUUUUAAUGUAAAGCCAAGUGGCACAACCAAAUAAAAAAAAAAGAGAAAAAGAAAAAAAAAAGAAACAAAAAAAAAAAGAAAAGAAUAAAGGAGAAAAGACUAGAAGCUUUCCCAUUUUUGUUUUCUCCUCCUCCCCGUGAACAACCAACCAUGAAACCCACUUCUCCCAUCUUUUAUCUUUUACACUAAUUUCUUCAAAUUUCAUCUCUAAUCAACUCUCCAUCUUCUCCCAACACCUUUCCAAAGAAGAAUUUGAAGAAAAGAAGGGAAAUUAAAGAGAAAUUUCAAGGGUGAGGGGGGAAUGAAUAGUAACCAAGGAUUAGGAAUUGAAAGAAGUGGAAAGGAAAAGUGAAAGUUCCAAAGGAAAAGAAAAGGAAAAGUAGAGAAGUAAAGCUUGUAGAAUAUUUUGGAAAUUCUAAGGUUGUAGAUUUAAGGAACAGUAGAGCAAGAUCUGCAUCAACCCAGUCAGAGUUACAUCAUUGAGUAUCCUGGGGUAUAUUUUGUAAAUUUUUAUAUGAACUUGAUUGUGGAAAUAUGGCAUGUACAUAAAGUUUUAGAGAUAAAUGUGUAUAUGGUUUGAAUUAGAUGUAUUUGAAUAUUUUUAUGUUGAUGUAAAUAUUAGUUAUUCGUAUACAUUUUUGUGUUGAGAUUAAUGAGAUGGUUUAUGAAGUGUUUGAUCUGAAUUGAAAUUGUGUUGAUGGUGAAAGGAGUUUGGGGGUUAAGGUUGAAAUUGAUAGAAGUGUGAUAUUACUAUUCACAGGUGGGAUUAAGUCCAUAUUUUAGAGAAAACUCUGCCGAAUUUUCGGUUUUAAAAAAACAAAAAACAAAAAACCCAUGAUUUACAUGAUAUAAAAUAAAGGAAAAAUAAGAGAAUUGUUACAGAAUGUAAUAUCUCCGGCUCAGUUAAUUAAAUAACCGGGUAGGGGGUGUUACAUUUAGUGGUAUCAGAGCAGGUUUAGUCGACUCUAGGCAAUAUGUGGAGUAAUAGUUAGGUAUAUGAAUAUGUACAUGCCAUAUAUAUUCAAGAUAUGAUGUAACUCUGAUGUAACUCUGAUGUCUGAAGAAUUGAGAGAACUUCAAGUUGGAGAAGAAGUAGAAAGUCAUGUACCGACUGAGGCUACCGGCCAUGCACUGCCACAGGCUCCUCCUGGUGCUAGAAGGCCAGAGCAGGAGGCCUUAUUACAGCAAUUAACAGAGAUUUUCAGGCAAGUGGCCGGAGUUGCUCAGCCAGCUAUAGUUCCUCCACCGGCUCCUGCACCAGCACUAGCUAGGCCGCCUAUCGAUAAAUUGAGAAAAUAUGGUGCCACAGAAUUCAAAGGACGAAAGGAAGAUGAUGCAUCCACAGCAGAAUAUUGGUUGCAAAGUACAGACAGGGUGCUUCAGCAGCUACAGUGUUCCCCAGAAGAUAGUCUACUAUGUGCAGUGUCACUACUGAAAGAAGAAGCCUACCAAUGGUGGGAUACUGUGGCACAGACAGUGCAACCAAUGCAGAGGACAUGGGAAUUUUUCUUGAAUGAGUUCAGGAAAAGAUACGUAGGAGACAUAUAUAUGGAGGAGAGAAAAAGGGAGUUUAUCUAUUUGAGGCAGGGACGUAUGACAGUAGCUGAGUAUGAAAGGGAGUUUAUUCGAUUGAGCAGAUAUGCCAGGGAGAUGAUUCCUACAGAGGAGGCAAAAUGUAAAAGAUUUGAGCAAGGGUUAAACACUGAGAUUAGGAUGCUUCUAGUUGCUCUUCAGAUCAGAGAUUUUUCAGCACUGGUGAAUGCAGCUUUAAAUGUAGAGAAAGUGAGGGAAGAAGACCAGAGUAGAAGACAGAGGAGUCAGCAAAAAAGGACUCACAGUCAGAGUCAGAGUCAAGGGCAAAUGAUAGCUUCACAGGGCUCUAGUAAGAGACAGAAAAGUUUUCAACCCGCUAGAUCAAGCCAGUCUCAAUGGCAAGGCCAAAAAUCAGCUCAGAGUUUAGCAAGUGGGUCUAUUCAACAGACUGCUUCUGUGGCCAGUUCAGGAGGCUCAGGAAGAAGUCUUCCUCCAGAGUGCAACCAUUGCAGAAGGAGACAUACUGGUACUUGCAGACUGCUGACGGGAGCCUGUUUCAUAUGUGGGUCUAUGGAUCACAUUAUGAGGGAUUGUCCUAAGAAGCAGACAGCCUCAACACCAGCAACUGAAAGAACUGCACCAGUAAUUCAGAAGACAAGAAGCAAAGGUAGAAGUGAGCCGACAGGUACCUCUAGUCAAAGAGUGUCAGAGACUGUGGAUAGACCGGAAUCUAGAGCACCUGCCAGAGCCUAUGCCAUCAAAGCCAGAGAGGAUCAGGAUUCCCCAGAUGUUAUCAUGGGUACAUUUUCUAUCUUUGGCCAGUCUGUUCAUGCUUUAAUAGAUCCUGGUUCCACAUAUUCUUAUAUUUGCAUGCCUAUCACAAAUAAAGAAGAACUACAAGCAGACAUACUAGACCAGGAUAUAGUGGUAACUAAUCCUCUUGGCCACAGUGUGGUUGUCAGUAAAGUAUUUAAAGAUUGUCCCAUCUUGAUUCACAGUCACAUUUUUCAUGGAGAUUUGAUUGAAUUACCUUUUCGGGAGUUUGAUGUGAUCCUAGGAAUGGAUUGGUUGUUUAGACACCAAGUUAUAGUUGAUUGUAGAAAGAAGAGAAUCACGCUAAAGACACCAGAAGGUGAAGAAGUAGUAGUUGUGGGCGAGAGAUCAGAUUUUCUCUCCAAUGUUAUUUCUGCUACUGCAGCCAGAAGAAUGAUAAGAAAGGGUUGUGAGGCCUACUUAGCCUGUGUUUUGGAGGCUAAGAAGGAGAAACCUAUGGUGCAAGAUAUACCUACUGUUUGCGACUUCUCUGACGUCUUUCCAGACGAAUUACCAGGAUUACCUCCAGAAAGAGAAGUAGAAUUUGCCAUAGAAGUUGUACCAGGCACUACACCCAUAUCAAUUGCUCCGUAUAGGAUGGCUCCCACAGAAUUAAAAGAAUUAAAAGUGCAGCUACAAGAAUUACUCGAUAAGGGUUUCAUACGCCCCAGUAUCUCUCCCUGGGGUGCACCAGUGCUAUUUGUUAAAAAGAAGGAUGGUUCACUGAGAUUGUGCGUGGACUACAGACAACUCAACAAGGUGACUGUCAAGAAUAAAUAUCCACUGCCCCGUAUAGAUGAUUUGUUUGAUCAGCUAAAGGGAGCGGGUGUCUUUUCUAAAAUUGACCUAAGAUCAGGUUAUUAUCAGCUCAAAGUAAAGGAUGCAGAUAUUCCAAAGACUGCAUUUAGGACUCGAUAUGGGCAUUAUGAAUUCCUUGUCAUGCCAUUCGGAUUGACUAAUGCUCCAGCUACAUUUAUGGACCUGAUGAAUCGUAUCUUUCACCCUUUCUUGGACCAGUUUGUUGUUGUGUUCAUAGAUGACAUUCUUGUCUAUUCAAAGACAAAAGAAGAGCAUGAUAGGCACUUGAGGAUUGUGUUACAAACGCUAAGGGAGAAACAACUUUAUGCUAAAUUCAGCAAAUGUGAAUUUUGGCUGAAUGAAAUAUCUUUUCUGGGACAUGUAGUAUCUGCAGAAGGCAUAAGGGUCGAUUGCCACCCAAGAACAUUACAGAGGUCAGAAGCUUUUUGGGGUUAGCCGGUUAUUACAGAAGGUUUGUAAAAGGAUUCUCUCAAAUAGCUGCUCCACUGACAAGAUUGUUGCAAAAAAAUGUCAAGUUUGAAUGGAAUGACAAGUGUCAGGCCAGUUUUGAUCGAUUAAAGGCUAUGCUCACAGAGGCACCUGUCCUUACACAACCAGUGUCAGGUAAGGACUUUGUGAUUUAUAGUGAUGCUUCUCACAAUGGACUUGGUUGCGUGUUGAUGCAAGAUGGAAAGGUUAUUGCUUAUGCUUCCAGGCAAUUAAAGUCACAUGAAAGAAACUAUCCCACUCAUGAUUUAGAAUUAGCAGCCAUAGUCUUUGCAUUAAAGAUCUGGAGGCAUUACUUAUAUGGCGAAAAGUGUUACAUUUAUACAGAUCAUAAAAGCCUAAAGUACUUGCCAACUCAAAAAGAGUUAAAUUUGAGACAAAGGAGAUGGAUGGAGCUGUUAAAAGACUACGAUUGUAUUAUUGACUACCACCCUGGCAAGGCAAAUGUGGUGGCAGAUGCUCUUAGCAGAAAACAUUUGCUUGCACUCAAAGCUAUGAAUGCUCACUUGACAUUGGCUAGAGAUGGAGCUGUAAUUGCAGAAUUGAAAGUUAGACCCAGUUUGCUUCAACAAGUCCAGGAAGCUCAGAAGGAAGAUAAAGAUAUUGCAGCGAAGGUAAGACAAAUACAGGAAGGGAAGGAUAAUGGGUUUGAAAUUAAAGCUGAUGGUUGCUUAUAUUACCAAAACAGAAUAUGUGUGCCAGACAUAACCGAGUUAAGGAAGAGUAUACUGGAAGAGGCUCAUAGUAGUCCAUAUGCAAUGCAUCCUGGUAGUACCAAAAUGUAUCAAGAUCUGAAGAAAAGCUAUUGGUGGCCAGGAAUAAAAAGAGACAUAGCAGAGUUGGUUUCGAAAUGCUUAACUUGUCAGCAGGUAAAGGCAGAGCACCAAGUUCCUUCUGGUUUGCUACAACCAAUCUCUAUACCAGAAUGAAAAUGGGAUCGAGUUACUAUGGAUUUUGUCACGGGUCUGCCACUCACACCAAGAAAGAAAGAUGCUGUAUGGGUGAUUAUUGAUAGAUUGACGAAGUCUGCACAUUUUCUACCUGUCAGAACAGAUUAUUCUCUUGAGAAAUUAGCAGAAUUGUACAUAAACGAGAUAGUACGGCUGCACGGCGUACCUAUCUCUAUCAUAUCUGACAGAGACCCGAGGUUUACCUCAAGAUUUUGGGAGAAAUUGCAUGAAGCUUUGGGUACCAGAUUGAACUUCAGUACAGCUUUUCAUCCCCAAACAGAUGGUCAGUCAGAGAGGGUAAUUCAGAUCUUAGAAGACAUGUUAAGGAGCUGUGUAAUUGAAUUCGAAGGAAGCUGGGAAAAGUAUCUUUCCUUAAUGGAAUUCGCUUACAACAACAGCUACCAGUCCAGUAUUAAAAUGGCACCUUAUGAAGCAUUGUAUGGGAGGAAAUGCAGGACUCCUCUAUGCUGGACAUAGCUAAGUGAAGGAAAACUUGUGGGUCCUGACUUGAUAAGACAAACAGAAGAAAAUGUUAAGAUCAUCAAGGAGAGGUUAAGGGCAGCAUCAGACAGACAAAAGUCAUAUGCAAAUAAGAAAAGAAAGAAUAUAGAGUUUUCAGUGGGCGAUAAAGUAUUCCUUAAAGUUUCACCUUGGAAGAAAGUGCUGCGAUUUGGCAAAAAGGGCAAACUGAGUCCUAGAUUUAUCGGUCCUUAUGAAAUUAUGGAAUGUGUAGGACCGGUAGCCUACAAGCUAGCUUUACCACCAGAACUUGAUAAGAUACACAAUGUCUUUCAUGUCUCAAUGCUUAGAAGAUAUAGAUCAGAUCCCUCUCAUAUCCUCCCAGCAGAAUCUGUGGAUGUAGAGCCAAACUUGUCAUAUGAAGAAGAACCUGUGAAAAUUCUAGCAAGAGAAAUAAAAGAGUUGAGAAACAAAAGAAUUUCUCUUGUUAAAGUUCUGUGGAGGAAUCACAAAGUAGAAGAAGCAACUUGGGAAAGCGAAGAUAUUAUGAAAGCACAGUAUCCUCAUCUCUUUAAUACAGAAGUGGAAAGGAAAAGUGAAAGUUCCAAAGGGAAAGAAAAGGAAAAGUAGAGAAGUAAAGCUUGUAGAAUAUUUUGGAAAUUCUAAGCGCGUUGGAAUUUAUUUUUUCCUCGCGCAGGUUGUAGAUUUAAGGAACAGUAGAGCAAGAUCUGCAUCAACCCAGUCAGAGUUACAUCAUUGAGUAUCCUGGGGUAUAUUUUGUAAAUUUUUAUAUGAACUUGAUUGUGGAAAUAUGGCAUGUACAUAAAGUUUUAGAGAUAAAUGUGUAUAUGGUUUGAAUUAGAUGUAUUUGAAUACUUUAAUGUUGAUGUAAAUAUUGGUUAUUCGUAUACAUUUUUGUGUUGAGAUUAAUGAGAUGGUUUAUGAAGUGUUUGAUCUGAA